UGGCUUUAUCAGGACGUAACCCACUAUAAGUCAAGGAGUAACUUCAAGUCACCUAUCAUGGUCUUCUACCUCUAGAUCCUCCAGGCUGUGUUUCUCAACAAUACUAUUUACCAACAAUGCUAUUGAACUUCAGCCCAUACAUCAACUUCAGGCAGAAGACUGAUCUCUGAAAAUAUGUAUUUGGGAGAUAGCCACGUUCUGUUGAAUAUCUUGUGCUGGUGCUGCCAUCGAAAAGUCUGGUUACAGUCUGGGGAGGCCUGCUACCAAUGCAGGACUGAACCACCUCAGCCCUGAGAUGAAUGUCCCGAUAGAGCGGGCACACCAUGAAUAGAUACACACAGAUCAAGCAGCUUGGAGAUGGAACCUAUGGUUCCGUCCUGCUGGGAAGAAGCAUCGAGUCUGGGGAACUGAUUGCCAUUAAAAAAAUGAAAAGAAAGUUUUAUUCCUGGGAAGAAUGCAUGAACCUUCAGGAGGUUAAGUCUUUAAAGAAGCUCAACCAUGCCAAUGUAGUAAAAUUAAAAGAAGUCAUCAGGGAAAAUGAUAAUCUUUAUUUUAUCUUUGAGUACAUGAAGGAAAACCUGUACCAGCUCAUUAAGGAAAGAAAUAAGUUGUUUCCUGAGUCUUCUAUGAGGAAUAUAAUGUAUCAGAUAUUACAAGGACUUGCAUUUAUUCACAAACACGGCUUCUUCCACUGGGACUUAAAGCCUGAGAACCUCCUCUGCAUGGGACCAGAACUUAUGAAGAUUGCAGACUUUGGGUUGGCCCAAGAAAUCCAAUCAAGACCUCCAUACACAGACUAUGUAUCUACUAGAUGGUAUAGGGCUCCAGAAGUGCUCCUGAGAUCCACCAACUACAGUUCCCCCAUUGAUGUCUGGGCUGUGGGCUGCAUCAUGGCAGAGGUGUACACCCUCCGGCCGCUCUUCCCUGGGGCCAGUGAGAUUGACACAAUUUUCAAAAUUUGCCAAGUGUUGGGAACACCAAAAAAGACUGACUGGCCUGAAGGCUACCAUCUAUCAAGUGCUAUGAACUUCCUUUGGCCCCAGUGCAUUCCUAAUAACUUAAAGACCUUGAUUCCAGAUGCUAGCAGUGAAGCAAUUCAGCUCCUGAGAGACAUGCUUCAGUGGGAUCCCAAGAAACGACCAACGGCUAGUCAGGCACUUUGGUACCCUUACUUCCAGGUUGGACACCCACUGGGCAGUACCACACAGAACCUUCAGGAUUCAGGAAAGCCAGAGAAAGAUGUCCUGAGAAAGGCAGGCCCACCUCCUCAUACCAAGCCAGCCCCUCCUGCCCAGCCCCCAACCCAGAUACAUACUCUGGCAUCUUCACGACCACAUCAAAUCAGUCAGCCUCCUCCAUAUCUUGUGUACCCCUAUAAAGCUGAAGCUUCCAGGGCAGAUCAGCUGACCCAUCUUCAGGAGGACAAGCCAAGCCUACUCUUCCCAUCCCUCCACAACAGGAAUCCUCAGCCCAAAAUCCUAGUUGGCCCGGAACACAAAAAUGGUGAGACCAAGCCAAAGUUGAAUAGGAGAAGGUGGGGUCUGAUUUCCCGGUCAACGAGGGGGUCUGAUGAUUGGGCUGAUUUAGAUGACUUGGACUUCAGUCCAGCCCUGACCAGGAUAGAUGUGAAAACCAAGAAGAGACAGAGCGAUGACACUCUCCUCAGAUUUGAAAGUGUCUUGGAUCUGAAGCCAUCCGAGCCUGUGGGUACCGGAACUAGUGUCUCCACCCAGGCUUCCUGCCAGAGGGGAGACACACCGACCCUGCGGUCUGUGGCGAAGCAGCACUACCUGAAGCACGCUCGAUACUUGCCUGGUAUAAAUAUAAGAAAUGGCAUACUUCCAAAUCCCAGCAAGGACUUUAUUCCAUCAAAUCCAUGGUCCAGUUCUGGUUUGUCUGGAAAAUCUUCAGGGACAGUAUCUGUAAUCAGCAAAAUAAAUUCAGUUGGGUCUGGCUCUGCGAGUUCUAGCGGACUGACUGGAAGCUAUAUCCCUUCCUUUUUGAAAAAAGAAAUUGGUUCUGUUAUGCAGAGGGUGCACCUGGCACCUAUUCCAGACCCUUCCCCUGGUUACUCUUCCCUGAAGGCUGUGAGACCUCAUCCUGGGCGGCCUUUUCUCCACACCCAGCCUAGAAGCACUCCUGGGCUGAUUCCACGGCCUCCAGCUGCCCAGCCCGUGCACGGUAGGACGGACUGGGCCUCCAAGUACCCAUCCCAUCGGUGACUCUUGAGCUUUGAGGCCAUUCUGUCUCAGAUGACUCUGUCCCGCCUACAGAGCCAUUGGUCCUAUGAAAGCACGAACGCCGGGAGCUGUUCUUCUAAACAGACACAUUUCAAUGUUCUUUCUUUCUAAAACUUUUUUUUUUUUAAAUAUUGAUUUGAAUGCAAUACCCUCUUUUUGUAUAAAAUUAUUUUAUUCUAAAACUGGGUCUCAUUAUUUUCUUAAACAACAAUAUUUUGUAUAUAUGCAUUAUGUUUUGGCAUUUUAUACUGUCAACUUUGUAACGAAACUUUUUAAAGAUUAAGUGAUUUUCCUUUGCGGGUCCAGAUAAUAUUUUAUACAGAUUUUGGAAAAUGUGAUAAUGUUGAUGCAGUAUUGCAACAGGGUGCAAUUCCCGGCAGUGUGAUAAAGAGUUAUUUACUCAACCUGUGAAAUAUUGUGAAAUGGUUACCUUUUACACACAUGACUUAUUAGGAACCUUGGGCUUCCUUGGACUGCCGUUGGGAAAGGGACCCACUGCUCCUCUUAACAGCCUGUAUUGGCUGUUUUGGGGGUGGGGGCGCUGUUUGUUUUUGCUGUUUUUUUUUGAGACAGGGUCUUUUCUAGUCCAGGCUUGUCUCCCAUUUGCUCUGUAGCUGAAGAUAACUGAAUUUCUGAUCCUCCUGCCUCCACCUCCCCAGUGCUAGGAUUACAGGUGGGUGCUGCCAUGCUUGGUUUUAUGAGGUGCUGGGAAUCAAACCCACGGCUUCGUGCAUGCUAGGCAAGCACACUACCAAAUGAGCUACAGCCACAACCCCAUUUUUAAUACUAUUACAAAUCUACUGCCAUACAAUUUAUUUUUGCUUUAUUUUUGUUCCCUAGAACAAAUAACUUCAUGAAUAUUUUUUGAAUUUUUACUUUUUAAUGCAUUCGCAGAUAUCCAAAUAAAACCAAGCAUAAUCAUACUGAGCUGUCACAUUUUUCCCCCCUUUAAAAAAAUCAGGAGCUAGAGAUAUUGUUCAGCAACUCCAGCUCCAUGGGAUCCAACACCCUCUUCUGGCCUCGAGGCAACUGC